AUGGGCCUAUGGCUUGGUCUUCGGGUGGAGAAGAUUGGGCCAUGGUCCGAACGGACGAAGUCAAAGGAGAAGGAAGAAGAUGGCAAAGAAACAGUAGCCCAAGAACGAAAACUUGGGAAAGAAAAGCAACGGAAAUGCCAGAAACAAAGAGAAAAAGAAGCAGAACCUUACAAUGGAGAAAAGGAUCGAGGAAGGGACGCCGGAGAUCGUCGUAGAGCAGGAGCGGGGUCGCCGGAGCACCGAAACACCAGGGACAGAGGUCGAAAUCGCCAACGCAAAUGCGGCUACCGAUCAUCCAAAUCAAGGCUGGAAAUUGAGGCGCCACCAAAGAGCUCGCCAGCGGGUCUCAUCCCGAGCCAGCAGAUGCGAGAGGGGGCGCGACGCCUCCGGUUGCCCAAGCCGCUUCAACGGAGGUCGAGGCAGAUCCUGCUUCUCCGCUUCCGAAGGGAACUCGCAUCGGGAUUUACCACGGAGUUCGUGAACGCCGAGAGACCUCCAGUCGACCAAAGAGGGCGAACCACGGGCGCCGUCGAGAUCGCCUCGCCCGAUCGCACGGAGUCGCAGAUCGGGACCCCGUGGCCUCGCCCAUCGCACAAGACUGCUCUCCUCCAUGGACCUGCUGUCAUUUACGGUUGA